GAUAUUAACUUGUUUGAGUGUUUUCUCUUGUUGCUGUGGUUCUUGUACAGACUUGUUUCUCUUGAAUCUUGCUUUCUAAUCUCACAGUCAGUGUUUCUGGUUUAUCUCUCAGACUGACUGAUGUCCACAAGAUGAGUGCUUGUGUGGAGGAAAAGGACAGAGCAGAGCCUCCUGUGUCCAACUUCCUGUCUAUGAAGAGUGACCAGGACAACGAUCAUCCUCCAACCUUCAGUAAUGAACCUGAACCCUCAAACACAAAACAUCAGACAGACUACAGACAGAGAGCAGAGUAUCCAGCAUGGGACUGUCUGUCUAUGAAGAGUGACUGGUCCAACCGUCGUCCUCCAGACUUCAGUAAUGGACCUGGACCCUCAGACACAAAUCAUCAGACAAAGCGCAGACGGAGAGCAGAGUCUCCAGCAUGGGACUGUCUGUCUAUGAAGAGUGACUGGUCCAACCGUCGUCCUCCAGACUUCAGUAAUGGACCUGGACCCUCAGACACAAAACAUCAGACUGACUACAGACAGAGAGCAGAGUAUCCAGCAUGGGACUGUCUGUCUAUGAAGAGUGACUGGUCCAACCGUCAUCCUCCAAACUUCAGUAAUGGACCUGGACCCUCAGACACAAAACAUCAGACAGACUACAGACAGAGAGCAGAGUAUCCAGCAUGGGACUGUCUGUCUAUGAAGAGUGACUGGUCCAAUCGUCGUCCUCCAAACUUCAGUAAUGGACCUGGACCCUCAGACACAAAAGGAAAUAGGAGGAGUGGUGUUUCUGUGGAGAAGCAGCUCUCCUGCUGUUCUUUGUGUCAGGACGUCCUGAAGGAUCCAGUCUCUACCAGCUGUGGACACUGGUUCUGCAAACAGUGCAUCAACUCAUACUGGGACCAGUCUGCUUCAUCUGGAGACUUCCCCUGUCCUCAGUGUGGAAAAAGAUUUAAAACAAGACCUGAAACUCAGACCAUCACUGUACAAAUGAGCGUUGCUCUCCUGGAGGUUUUACAUGUACAUAAGAUCAGUCUAGAGAUAAGAUGUUACUGUGUGACUGAAGGAACUGAUGAAGCAGGAAGUGAAGUCCUCCUCAACACCAUCUACACUGAGCUCUACAUCACAGAGGGACAGAGUGAAGAGGUUAAUACCCAACAUGAGGUAAAGCAGCUUGAGAGAGCUUCAAAGAUGGAAAUCCUCCAUGAGACUCCAAUCAAGUGUCACGACAUCUUCAAAGUCUUACCAGCCAAAGACUUACCUGUUCAGUGCUUACCUGACCAACAGAAACACAUCAGGCUCGUUCUGACGUGUGGCGUUGCUGGCGUUGGAAAAACCUUCUCAGUGCAGAAGUUCUCUCUGGAUUGGGCACAGGGUUUGGAAAACAAAGAUAUCAUUCUGGUGAUUCUGUUUUCGUUCAAGGAGCUGAACCUGAUCAAAGAUAAGCAGUACAGUCUUCUCAUGCUGAUCCACAUUUUCCAUCCAACAUUAAAGCAGCUCACAGCAGAGAUGCUCGCUGCCUGUAAAGUUUUGUUCAUCUUUGACGGCCUGGAUGAAAGCAGACUUUCAUUAGAUUUCAACAACAAUGAGGUUGUGUCUGAUGUCACACAGAAGUCAUCAGUCAGCGUGCUGUUGACAAACCUCUUCAAGGGGAAUCUACUUCCCUCUGCUCUCAUCUGGGUAACUUCCCGACCUGCAGCAGCCAAUCAGAUCCCUCCUACAUGUGUGGACAGAGUAACAGAAGUACGAGGCUUCACUGACGCCCAGAAGGAGGAGUACUUCAGGAGGAGAUUCAGUGAUGAAGAGCUGUCCAACAGAAUCAUCUCGCACAUCAAGUCUUCCAGGAGCCUCCACAUCAUGUGUCACAUCCCAGUCUUCUGCUGGAUCACUGCUACAGUUCUGGAGGACAUGUUGACCACAGACCAGAGAGGAGAGCUGCCCAAGACCCUGACUGAAAUGUACUCACACUUCCUGCUGGUUCAGACAAAGAGGAAGAAACACAAGUAUGAUGUGAGUCAUGAGACAAGUCCACAGGAGCUGACGGAGGCGGACAGGGAAGUUCUUCUGAAGCUGGGGAGGCUGGCGUUUGAACAUCUGGAUAAAGGAAACAUCAUGUUCUACCAAGAAGACCUGGAGCGAUGUGGUCUUGAUGUCUCAGAGGCCUCGGUGUACUCAGGAUUUUGUACAGAGAUCCUCAAAAGAGAGAGUGUGAUCUUCCAGAAAUCAGUCUACACCUUUGUUCAUCUGAGUGUUCAGGAGUUUCUGGCUGCAGUCUACAUGUACCACUGUUACACCAGCAGCAACACAGAGGUACUGAACAACUUCCUGGGAAAAGACUACAGUCGCUCAUGCCUGGAUGACUUCCUGAGAAGAGCCAUGGAGAAAUCUCUGAACAGUGAAAAUGGCCACCUGGACCUGUAUGUUCGUUUCCUUCAUGGCCUCUCUCUGGAGUCCAACCAGAGUCUCUUAGGAGGUCUGCUGGGUCAGACAGACAACAGUCCAGAAAUCAUCCAGAGAGCCAUCACCAACCUGAAGAAUAUGAACACUCGUAAUAUCUCUCCUGACAGAAGCAUCAACAUCUUCCACUGUCUGAUGGAGAUGAAUGAUCACACUGUACAUCAGGAGAUCCAAGAGUUCUUAAAGUCACAGAACAGAUCAGGGUAUGUGUCUCAGAUCCAGUGCUCAGCUCUGGCCUACAUGCUGCAGAUGUCAGAGGAGGUUCUGGAUGAAUUGGACCUGAAUAAGUACAACACAACAUGGGAGGGACGACGGAGGCUGAUCCCAGCUGUGAGGAACUGCAGAAAGGCUGUGCUUACUGGCUGUGAACUCUCAGAGACUCACUGUGAAGUUGUGGCCUCAGCUCUGAAGACCAACCCCUCCCAUCUCAGAGACCUGGACUUGAGUCACGACAACCUGAAUGAUUCAGCUGUGAAGUUUCUGUCUGCUGGACUGGAGAGUCCAAACUGUAGACUGGAGACUCUGAGAUUGAAGAGCUGCAGUUUGUCAGAGAUCAGCUGGUCUUCUCUGGUCUCAGCUCUGAAGAACAACCCCUCUCAUCUGAGAGAGCUGGAUCUGAGUGACAACAACCUGCAGGAUUCAGACAUUGACUUUGCUUUUGUGGAGAGUCCAAACUGCAGACUGAAGACUCUGAGAUUUAACGACUGCAGUUUGUCAGAGAGCAGCUGUUCUUCUCUGGUCUCAGCUCUGAAGAACAACCCCUCCCAUCUGAGAGAGCUGGAUCUGGGUCAAAACAACAACUUGAAGGAUUCAGUAAUGAAGCUGCUUUGUGAUUUUGUGGAGAAUCCAAACUGCAGACUGGAGACUCUGGGAUUGAGUCACUGCAGUUUGUCACAGAGCAGCUGUUCUUCUCUGGUCUCAGCUCUGAAGAACAACCCCUCUCAUCUGAGAGAGCUGCAUCUGAGCCUCAACAAGCUGCAGGAUUCAGUAAUGAAGCUGCUUUGUGAUUUUGUGGAGAGUCCAAACUGCAGACUGGAGACUCUGGGAUUGUGGCGCUGCAGUUUGUCAGAGAUCAGCUGUUCUUCUCUGGUCUCAGCUCUGAAGAACAACCCCUCUCAUCUGAGAGAGCUGGAUCUGGGUCAAAACUACAACUUGAAGGAUUCAGUAAUGAAGCUGCUUUGUGAUUUUGUGGAGAGUCCAAACUGCAGACUGGAGACUCUGAGAUUGUUCAACUGCAGUUUGUCAGAGAUCAGCUGUUCUUCUCUGGUCUCAGCUCUGAAGAACAACCCCUCUCAUCUGAGAGAGCUGGAUCUGAGUUACAACACCCUGAAGGAAUCAGUAAUGAAGCAGCUGUCUGAUCUUCAGGAGAGUCCAGACUGUAAACUGCAGACUGUGAACUAUCUACGGUGAAUAUGAUUGAACAUCCAGCAGUGUGUGUUGAGAGAGGAUCAGCUGUAUCCUGAUGAUCCAGAGAGGUUGAAGCAGCAGUUUGUGUGUAGAGAGGCUGUGACUGGACCAUGUUACUGUGAGGUAGAGUGGAGAGGAGAGCUUCAUCCAGCAGUGACUGACAGAGGAAUCAGAAGAAGUGGAAAUGACUCUCAGUGCUGCAGUCUGAACUGAUCUGAGAACAGCUCCACUGUCAGACACAAAGUCAAGUCCACCAUCAUCCCUGUGUGUUCCUCUGGAUCUGACAGAGUAUCAUCAGUGUAUCUGGACUGAUCUGCUGCUGCUCUGUCCUUCUACACACUCUCUGCAGACACACUGAGACUCCUCCACUAAC